AUGACUUUAGCUUAUGAAGGAAAUGAUUACCCGGAACAUUUUUCUAUCCCUGCACUUGCAGAGGCAUUCUUAACAGUGGAGGACUCGGUGCACUAUCAAAUAGACACCCCCGAAUCCUUCGACGAGUGGGGAUCUAUGUUCCCGCUCGGAGGAGGGUUUGUACACCUAGGGCCCAAGCACCGCGCAUUCUCCAUUUCGAUGUUCCACCAACUCCACUGUCUGAACAACCUACGAAAAGGCAUCGUAAGUGAGGACCUCGCGGACGCGCAGCUAGCACACUUGCAACAUUGCAUCAAUUACCUGCGCCAGUCCAUCUUGUGCUCGCCGGACCUGCGACUUGAACCGCAAAGCGUAUUCCUCCGAGAGGCUUACCACAUAGACGGUAUCGAUGGGCUCGGUCUGACACACCGCUGCGUUGACUGGGAGACCAUCUAUCGUGCGACGGAAAACAAUUUCUUGGAAUGGAAAACCCAGAGCGAGUCGGAAGAAGACCUAUGGUAA